GUAUAAAGCCCUAACACUGUAGAUUGAAGUCUCUCUCUCUUGCUCACUCACUCCUGCUCUUGCUGUUUCAUUCAUUCCUACGCAUAGGCUUACACACCUCCUCUCUUCUCUCCUUCUUGCUUCUUUUGCUUUCAGAAUGAUAAUUCUAGGUACAGCCUUUGGUAUGGUUUUCUAUUUACUUCAAGCCGUUUCUGGAGAAAGUGGCUAUGCACAGAAUGCUGCAGGUUUUUCCUCCCCAGAAGGCUUUGAAGAUGCGGAAUUGGACUACUCAUUCUCGUGCUACAGUCAGUUGGAGGUGGACGGCCACUCCGAACACUUGCUGAUCUGUGCUUUUGAUGACCCGGACAUCAACAGCACCAAUCUGGAAUUUGAAAUAUGUGAUUCCCUUUUGGACAUAGACUGCCUGAAUUUUAGUAAACUGCAAGAGGUAUACUUCAUCAAGACAAAGAUAUUUGAACUGAUUGGAGACAGCAAUAUAUGUGUGAAGUUUAAAGGAAAGAACAUAAAUUGCAGAAAAGUUAACAUAGUCAAGAUAGUUAAACCUGAGGCUCCUUUUGACAUAAGAGUCGUCUACCGCGAAGGAGCAAAUGACUUUGUAGUGACAUUUAAUACAUCACACUUGAAAAAGAAGUAUGUGAAAGAAUUGAUGCACGAGGUAGCCUACCGCCAGGAAAAAAAUGAAAGUGACUGGAUGCAUGUGAAUUUGUCCAGUACAAAGCUGACACUCCUACAGAGGAAGCUACAACCUGAUGCCAUGUAUGAGAUUAAAGUACGCUCCAUUCCUAACCCCAUCUAUUUUGAAGGCUUCUGGAGCGAAUGGAGUCCGAGUUUCCACUUCAGAACUCCGCUUCAGGCCCGAGGCCCCGCUGGGGUGAUGGAUCCUGUUUUACUAAUUAUCAGCAUUAUGAGUUUCUUCUCUGUGGUUCUGAUGGUCACCUUGGCCUUCGUGUUAUGGGAAAAAAGAAUUAAACCUAUUGUGUGGCCCAGUCUCCCUGAUCAUAAGAAGACUCUGGAACAACUGUGCAAGAAACCACAAAAGAAUUUGAAUGUAAGUUUUAAUCCUGAAAGUUUCUUGGACUGCCAGAUUCAUAAGGUAGAUGGCAUUCAAGCUAAAGAUGAAGCAGAAGGCUUUCUUCAUGUCACUUUUCCACCACAACUAGAGGAGUCUGAAAAGCAGAGGCUUGGAAGAAGUGUGCAGGACCCUAGCUGGCCAUCUGAACAUGCAGUCAUCACCCCAAAAACUUUUAGACAAGAUCCAAUCCCCCAGUGCCGGGCUGGGGAUGUCAGUGUGUGUGAUGGCCCUGUGCUCCCCUCCUCCAAGUCCCCAGGCUUCAGGGAAGGUGGCAAAAAUGAGCCUCAUGUGUACCAGGGGCUGCUGCUUAGCCCUGGAACUACAAAUAGCACCCUGCCCCCUCCAUUUCCUUUCCGAUCAGGAGUCCUGACAUGGACUCCAGCUGCCCAGGGACAGCCCAUCCUCGCUCCCUCAGGAUCAAGUCAGGAAGAAGCAUACGUCACCAUGUCCAGCUUCUACCAAAACCAGUGAAUUGUGUUAAACCCAGGACUGGAACCAUUGUAACCACCAAAGAUGCCUGAGCUUCUCUUCCAGCACAAAGAAAACAAAAUUGAUGUAACUCCUCUAUAUAAUCUACAGGAUUCCAAAACAUGGCUUUGACCACUGUGCCCUCUCCUACCUGCUUCAGGGCAUCUGGCAUGAGGCAGCAGCCCUCUGCUUCAGGCAGCCCAAGUGAUUCAAUGAUUUCAGAAAGAAAAAAAACAGAAGAGAAUGAAAGAAAGGGUGGAGAAAAGGAUGGAGGGCCGAAAGAAGGUGGGGAGCAGGAAGGACAGCCCCACUGUCAGGAUCACCGCGUCUCGGUGCCGCGCUGCUGCUCUACGGCUCUGGCCUCCCCGCCUCCUUGCAGCAAUCCGGGGAGGGGUUCACUUAUCAUCAUGAUCCCUUCAUGGGAUGAUGCUGAGGCUAAACGGGGUUGAAUACCAUGUCCGCGUUUCCCAGUCAGCUAGGGGUGGAACCAAGACCUGACGGCCGGGAGUGUCUGCCAGGCCCUUGCCUUCCUCCUGACUAGGGACUGUCCCAUUCUCGAGUGCCAACCUCGCUAAUACCAGGGUGACUAUAUAAUGUAUUGUCCAAGCUGGGUCACUUUUGAAAGUGAAAGGGGAAGUUAUAAAUACUCACUCCGGGACAACCAGCAAAUGGGCACAUGUGGUCAGCCAAACCAAACGCUGUGUGAAAGAAUGUGGGAGAGAAUGGUCUCACAAUGUGGGAAGCACCAUGGCCAGCCAUGUCUACUAAGGGUUAAGAAGGCAAGAAAAAGCCAAACAGCCCAUUCCAUUUUGUUUUUCUAAAAAAGUGUUCAAGGGGGAAUAAACUAGAAGCCCAGAAUUUCUAUUGUUAGUUGUCAACAGGAUGAUCCUCUUGCUGCCGCCACCCAGCUGCAUCCAUCAGUGAACUGUUGCCCACUCUGGACACAGUGCAUUUGAGCAAUAAGCCAGAGAAAAACCUUCCUAUGUGGGUAAACAUUGCCAGCUCAGAUUCAUUUUCAUCUGUCUGGAGUUCUACAGCCAUGAAUGUUCCCAGGAAUUCAGGGAGGAGCUACUCUGCCUGGGCCUGCAGUGAGCCAGCCGUCUGCAUGUCCUUGGAGAUACAGAGGAGACAUGGUGUUAACAUUUGAAAUGGGUCCUCUUGCAUCUCCUGGUCUGAUGAAUUCCCAGUAACUAUCUCAGUGACUGAGCAGUCUCAGCUCUGGGGGAUGCAGCUGUCCCCCAGCCCUGGGUGUCUGCAGAACCACACAGGCAGCUGGAGUGGUACAGGAGGUAAGGAAGGACACAGGUUUAAGGUUUUAUCUGGGGUCUGUCAUUGUUGCAUUUAUUUCUUUGUGCCAUCUUUUGUUUAGGGCCAGGAGCUAAGUGUUUUUAAUUUUUUAAUUUUUUCAUCGGUUUUGUUUUGUGAUGUCUGUGAAGGGAGUUUUAAAUUUUGGACUAACAGCCAGCCUUUUCUGUUAGCUGAGAGGCCUAAUGAUAAUCAGACCAUCUUAUUUUUCAAGUGAGUGUUGUACAUUCCAAGUCCUUUUCUCUGAAUCAGCAGUAAUGAAUAUAAUCCCAUAAUCUCUUAGAUUUUCUUAGGGCCUUGGUGGUUUUCAAAGGACUCCCAUAAGCAUUAUGCCUUUCAUAUCUUUGACAAGUAUUUAUGGGAAGUCUGCUAUGUGUCAAAUAGCAGGGGUUCAAAUAACUAAAGACAAAUAAAUUUGGGACUCUGCCUUCACAAAGUGAAAAAUCUAACGCUAAGUGUCAGCUUUGUAAACAAAUGAUUGUAACACCACCAAACGCUAUAUGGGGAACAUGUUCAAAGUGCCCUGUUGCAGACAGUCAGGGACAAUGCCACAAAAGUGAUAAUUCAUCUGCAUGGAGGGAAAGCGGAAUCUUCCUGAGGUGUAACAGAAGACAUUUUGUCCAGGUGGGCAUGUGUUCUUCACCCUUAGAAGAAAUAGGAGCCGAGUCGCAAAGAGGAGGUGACCCCAGGAAACCUUAAAUCCCCUCCGACCUGCCUUGUGCCUGAUUCACAGGUGUCCAGUGGGGUAUGCAUUGUUAUUAUCUUUAACUUAAGGGCAAAUGGGGACACAGAGAAGACACAUUAAGUUACUCAUUCUUACAUGUUAAGUCAGGACUAGAGGCUGUAAAUUUGUAUCCCUGAAAUAAGUAGACAAUCUCUCCAAGAAAGGAGUAGAUAAAUCUAGAGGAAGAUCAAGGUCCCUCAAGCUCUAAAAUUGUUCAUUUCAGGGUUGUUUAGCUUAGCUUAUCAUUUGAAUUUAGUGUAUGACUAUCUGUUUGUUACUAGGAGCAUUUAAAAUCCAUGUAACAUACUCUUAUAAUCAUAACUGCUGCUAGUGCUUGAUUAUAUAUUCAGGGAGAAUGUAUCAAGUAAGAUUACAAAUUUGUUCUGAUCAACUCCCUUUUGGAUUUCAUUAAGAAAAAAAAAACUGGUCAAAGACAGUGUACAAGUCAGAGAUAUAAACUGCUAGCUCUGGAGAGCACGAAAUGAAAAGAAGACUGAUAAACAGGUAGCUGAUUUGGCCAAUUAAACAACCAUCUGUAGGUCUAGGGAACCCUGGCUUAUUUGAUUGAUUUUCUCCCAGACUUCGCCUCUCUCAUUCUGGUAUUCCAUGGAAAUUCACUUCAGAAAAGCUGAGUACAUACUUGUGUUUUCAGGACGUGUCUGGAGGGGCUGUAAGACUUAAAAUGGUGAGAAUGUGGUAGAUGUAGAUCAGAUGGCAUUUCUGCCAGCACAGUGGUUUUUCUCUGGGGUUAUUCUGAAAAAUAUCCAAUGUUCACUACAGUGAAGGUCUCUGACCUGACAGCGUACUUUCCAUGUGCAUUACAAACUUUUUGCAGAGCUGCUAAGUAUGUA